AUGUAUCAUGCAUCCAUUGCCCUGGGUGCACUUGAUCUGAGCAGGAGACCGGUGCCGACUCUACCUCCGGAAAGGAAAGAUGCGGCCGUGGGAGCAUUCACGGCCUACCACACCUCGAUUGCCAAAUUGAAAGCCGAGAUUGUAAGCAACAACACCCCUCGAGAUGUCAAUCUAUGGACCACGUUCUUCUUGGGGCUGUUCGAGCUCAUGUACGAUGUGACUGGAGAAGGCUGGGUGAAGCAUUUUUUGUACGGCACGUCCAAAAUGCUUCAGCUUCGCGGUCCAGAAGCUCAUAUAGCUGGCUCGGGGCGGUCGUUUUUUCUCACAGUACGGGUCUUCGAGAUUUGCCGCGCACUUAUAUACUCGGAACCUACUUUUCUCUGCCAGCCGGAAUGGAUGUCACUCACAACUCAGAUCUGGAACGAGGAUGAUAAUAACAACUGGCAUCCAAAAGAACUAUUAUUCGAUUUGAUGAUCGCAUGUUCUUCGAUAAGUGACCGGGUAUGGGAUCUGCUCAACCCGUGCUCCAAGUGUCCAAAUAUAUCCCCUCACAGGGUCCUCCUUGAGCUUGCAGCUGAAGGUUUCGUGGUCCGGUCGACUCUUGACGAUUGGUAUGCGAACUUCCAAAAAUGGUCUGCCGAUACUGGUACGCCCGAAUAUGAUUCCAAUUCCGUUCUCGCAACAAUCUAUUUUCACGGCAUCUCCAUCUAUCUAUCCGGUAUCUUCGACUACCGCGCUCAAUUCAACAAAAUACCCACGCCCACAAUCUCACAGGAUGUUGUUCAGAAUCACGUUGAUGAGAUUCUACGAAUUACUGAGAUCUCUUUGAAGACCUCAAAUUUGGCGGCUGUGUUGUUUUUUUUUCCCUUGAGAGUAGCAGGUGCAAGAGUAACGACCGCUCGAGAGACGGAAUCAAUUUGUGCGAUGCUUGGAGAGAUUUCGAUGAGGGGUUUCGUUGUUGCAGAUGCAUUUACAGUAGAUCUUAAGUCUGUAUGGCACCAAAAAGGGAUGUAA